CCGGGGAGAAAAAAAAAUAGCAGCGCCUUUCAAUCGCGAGUAGUUCUGUUCGACUCGGUGCCGUUCUUCUUCCGCUGCUAAACCCUAAAGAUGUCGCACAAGACUGCUGUGAUACGCCUUAUACGUCAUUAUUCCACCACCUCCCCUUCAAUCUCAAAAGCAAAAUCAAAGCUUCGGACCGAAUACGACCCAGACGAGGCUCUUAAAAUAUACUCUUCCGUUUCCAAAACAUUCGCCUCCCCUGAAUCCUCCCGCUACGUACAAGAUCUCACGGUACGCUGUCUGGCUAAGUCUGGCCGCUUCUCUGAUGUCGAGAAUCUCAUUGAGUCCCGCAAGAAUGACCCCGCAGCCACCCAGGAGCCAUUCUUAUCCACCUUGAUUCGUUCCUAUGGUCGAGCCGGUAUGUUCGACCAUGCAUUGAAUACUUAUAAUCAAAUGGACGAUUUGGGUACUCCAAGGUCUGCUCUUUCCUUUAAUGCCCUCUUAUCUGCUUGCAUUGAAUCGAAACUUUUUGAGAAGGUGCCGUUGCUGUUCGAUGAAAUUCCCAAGAAGUAUGGCUUGGCGCCAGACAAGAUUUCUUACGGUAUUUUAGUGAAGUCGUUUUGCGUAGUAAGUCAACCUGAGAAGGCGCUUGAGCUUGUGAAAGAGGCGGACGAGAAGGGCGUGGAGGUCACCGUAGUUACAUACACUACAAUAUUGGAUGCUUUGUACAGGAAGGGGAAACGUGACGAAGCUGAGAAGCUGUGGAAUUUAAUGCAUAAGAAGGGUUGUGUGGAUGCCGCGGCUUAUAAUGUUAGGCUUAUGUUUGAGCAAAAGGGAAAGCCGGAAGAAGUAAAAGCCAUGAUUGAUGAAAUGACAAAUGCUGGCAUUAAAGCUGACAUUGUUACUUAUAAUUCCUUGAUGACUUGCUAUUUGAAGUCCGGAAUGGUGGAUGAAGCGAAAGCGGUUUUUAAGGGACUGCGCGAAAAUGGGUGCAAACCCAACGCUGCAACAUUUAGAUCUCUGGUAUAUUAUUUGUGUAGAAACGGGUAUUACGAGGAAGGAUAUAAAGUUUUCAAGAAGAGCGUAGCAAUACACAAGAUUCCAGAAUUUAAUACGCUGAAGAUUUUGGCGGAAGGGUUAGUGGAGAAAGGAAGGAAGAAAGAGGCUAAAGGACUGAUUCGAACUAUGAAGAAGAAGUUUCCUCCCCAUAUGUUGAAAGCGUGGGCAAAGGUUGAGGAAAAUCUUAAUCUGACCUCUGUUAGUGCCGAGUCUGAUAAGGCGGAAAAAGCUUCAGCUUAAGUUAUAUUGUGGAUUCUUCUCAGAGUCACAGGUCACUGAGUGGAACGUUAUCUCUACUCCGGCCCCGGCUUUGAUUGGAUUGUAGGGUAAGGAGCCUUAUGGGCAGCCCUAUUGCUCCACAUCUUGGCUCUGGAAGUCAAAAUUUCAAUUUUACAAGCCGGCAAAUAUUUAUAUAUGAUGAGCUUGAAAGAGUGCGAAAGCUUCAAUACAAUAAGUUUUGAAUCGUACAAAUCAUCCUGCUUCGCAUUAUAUUUUUGGCAAUUGAUUUGUGUUUUAAUUUUGAA